UGCGGUGGGGCUCUGCGUGAUGGGAAAGUCCGCGGCUGAGCCUCACACUUUCUCCCAGUUCUUUAACUUUCUGGCGGGGAAGCAGAAAUAAAGCUGUGUUGCCGAGACGGAGAAAGGGUGAGUGCUUGAACUGUUGCGUGCUUGCGGACUUCCCGCCAGCGCCGAGCGGCCGGCCUCCCCAGCCAAGUGGGGAGCGGGCAGACGGGUGGGCAGGUGGCCCCGGGCCGCCGCGCCCCGCCUUGGCUCUGCCCCCGUAGCCCGGCCAGCCGCCGCUCCCUCGUGGUGUGAGGGCGGUGAUGUUUUCUCCUCCCUCCCACUUUUGAGCACCCCCCCUCCCGCGCACUAUAGCUCACUGCCACAACCUGCGAACCCCAGAUCCCUGAGGAGCGCCCUGGGGAGCCCAGAGCCCGUGCACGCGUGACAGACGAAGGAGACCAGCACCCAGUUUGAGUACACUACACCUCGGAGGUUCUGAGUUGCAUUUCGCAGUGGUCCCAAUGAGGAAAAAGUGGAAAAUGGGAGGCAUGAGAUACAUCUUUUCCAUGUUGUUUUUCUUUACUUUCCUAGAAGGAAGCAAAACAGAGCAAAUAAAACAUUCAGAGACAUACUGUAUGUUUCAAGACAAGAAGUACAGAGUGGGUGAGAGAUGGCAUCCUUACCUGGAACCUUAUGGGUUGGUUUACUGUGUGAAUUGCAUCUGCUCGGAGAAUGGGAAUGUGCUUUGCAGCAGAGUCAGAUGUCCAAAUCUUCAUUGCCUCUCUCCCGUACAUGUUCCUCAUCUGUGCUGCCCUCGCUGCCCAGACUCCUUACCCACAGUGAACAAUAAAGUGACCAGCAAGUCUUGUGAGUACAAUGGGACCACUUACCAACAUGGAGAGCUAUUCAUGGCUGAAGGGCUUUUUCAGAACCGCCAACCCAAUCAGUGCACCCAGUGCAGCUGCUCGGAAGGGAAUGUAUAUUGUGGUCUCAAGACUUGCCCCAAAUUAACCUGUGCCUUCCCAGUCUCUGUUCCAGAUUCCUGCUGCCGGGUAUGCAGAGGGGAUGGAGAGCUGUCGUGGGAACAUUCUGAUGGUGACAUCUUCCGGCAACCUGCCAACAGAGAAGCAAGACACUCCUACCACCGCUCUCACUAUGAUCCUCCACCAAGCCGACAAGCUGGAGGAUUGCCCCGCUUUCCUGGGGCCAGAAGUCACCGGGGAGCUCUUAUGGAUUCUCAGCAGGCAUCUGGAACUAUUGUGCAGAUUGUCAUCAAUAACAAACAUAAGCACGGACAAGUGUGUGUUUCCAAUGGAAAAACCUAUUCCAAUGGCGAGUCCUGGCACCCAAACCUCCGGGCAUUUGGCAUUGUGGAGUGUGUGCUGUGCACUUGUAAUGUCACCAAGCAAGAAUGUAAGAAAAUCCACUGCCCCAAUCGAUACCCCUGCAAGUAUCCUCAAAAAAUAGAUGGAAAGUGCUGCAAGGUGUGUCCAGGUAAAAAAGCAAAAGAAGAACUUCCAGGCCAAAACUUUGAUAGCAAAGGCUAUUUCUGUGGAGAGGAAACAAUGCCCGUGUAUGAGUCUGUAUUCAUGGAGGAUGGGGAGACUACCAGAAAAAUAGCACUGGAGACUGAGAGACCGCCUCAGGUAGAGGUCCACGUUUGGACCAUUCGUAAAGGAAUUCUCCAGCACUUCCACAUUGAAAAGAUCUCUAAGAGAAUGUUUGAGGAACUACACCACUUCAAGCUGGUGACCAGGACAACCCUGAGCCAGUGGAAGAUAUUCACUGAAGGAGAAGCUCAAAUCAGCCAGAUGUGUUCAAGUCGUGUGUGCAGAACAGAGCUUGAAGAUUUGGUCAAGGUUUUGUACCUGGAUAGAUCUGAAAAGGGUCAGUGUUAGGCAAGUCAGAUAGUAAUAGACAGGGUCAAGCAAGAAAACUCAAGCUGCAGCUGGACUGCCGGCUUAUUUUGCUUAAAUCAACAGUACCCUACAAUCCAACUCAGAUGCAGUCAGUUAUUCACGCCAUGCAUAGCAUAACUUGCUCCUUUAUGUGGAGUGGUGUGUCAGCCCUUAGCCAUCUCCUCUAAAGAGACUAGCAGAGUCUUGAAUGAUUUGUGGGAGGAGGAGGGAUAGAAUACCACAACACAGCUCUAGUUUCUUGGAGAAUCACAUUUCUUUACAUGCUAAGGAACAAAUGAAACCCCAGGGUUUCUAUCUUAAAAGUUAUUCAAAGGAAAGAAAGAGAAGGGAAUUGCUUAGUAGGAGCUCUGGAGAAUAGAGCAGUUAUUUGUAUGAAAUGAUACUCUUUGAAUGUUAGAAAUCUUUUGUUCUUUAAAAGAAAAUGAAUUGCCCAUCCUUGCAUAUGCACAUGCGCGCAUACACACACGCGCGCAUACACACACAUGCGCGCGCACACACACACGAAACUACAGCCUCUGCACUGAGGCAAAGCCAGCCUAGAUUCUGCCUUUCUCUGCCUGAAAGACCUUGGAGGUGGUUGGUGUCCUAAGAGGACAAAUGAAGCCUUUUAAACAAAAGGCUCUGUUCUUAAGCCUCUGAGCUGGCCGUUGAACUCAGUAGCUAUAGGGGCAGAGUGAAGACAAAAAGCAGCAUUUCUGAUCUCAUUCACUUUUAGGUGGUAAAUAACUUUUCCUUACUGAUUGCCCUUCUUUCCCCUCAUCCUAAGAAGCCUCUAAAGAGAAGUUACAAUUGGGUACUAUUAGCAGAAACUGAAUCGAUAUAAACAAAAUAAUUGUUGAUGAAAGGAACUGAUAAAAGUCAAAGACCCUGUCUUAUUUUUGCAGCAAAAAAGUCCACCAGUUAGUAGAUCAAUAUUCACUAAUUUUCUUGAAGCUGUACUUGUCUAGCCAGAAAAUGUAGGCAGAAUUACUAAAUUCUAGAAGCCCCUUAGAAGGGCAGUUUUCCUUCUUCAAGAUUUGGGUUUUUUACUGUGCAAAGAGGCUCAAUCUUUACGAGCUUCUGAAUGUUGGCCCUUCAGUUAAGAAAGCUGCCUUUCAUUUGAGAAUUCUGAUAAAGCCAUUUAUGCUAAACCUUCCUACUAUGUUCACCUUAUCCAACAAGCAUGGAUUUGAGUUAGGGAUUCUAUGAAUAACUGUUCAUAAAAUGUCUAUGUGCAAUCCAUACUAGAGCAUAAAUUACCAACUGUGAGGUCUGGCUGUAGACAUCAUCUUUGUGGGAGAACUAAAUUUUUCACAAAAAAAGAUCUCAAGCAUGCCUCUGGAUCUGUUCUCUCUGAUGGUCAUGAAUGAACUCUAGUGAGUACUAAGAAAUAUGAAGGACUCAGAAGUCCUGUAUUUUCCACUCUGUGAUGAUAGGUGAGACAACAUGUUUUCUCUUAAUGAAUUUGACACAAAUAGGUGGAAACAUAAAAGGUCUGGUGUUAACAGCAAUCUGCCAUAAAAGUCUGUUUUUUGUAAAUGAAUACAAUCCCUGUGGCCAGAAAUUCAUGGAAUAAUCCUUUCACCAGCCCACCACAAACAUUCUCCUCAAGAGAAAGAGGCAGGACAUCCUGGGCUCAUAAGCCACAGAGUGUUAUGGGGGACAUGGUAUUAACAGCUGCUGCCUCCCUUUCAGAGAGGAGUAACUUCCAUAGCACAGAAACCGGUAACUGGAUCCUGAAGCAAAGUGGUGAUUCCACUUCUAGAUGCUUCACCAUGAAGCCUUCUUAUCCAGGUGUUCUCUUAAUGCUCAGCCUUAAGAGAAUAUCCAGAGUGCUUCCCCAGAUAGGUGCCUUACUCCUGGUGCUGGGUCACAUCUUUCCAGAGUGUUGUGGGAAGCAGGAGCUGGUGAGCUAUGUCAGUGAACGUAGAAACCUUCCAGUGUUCGGUGUCUGUAGAGAGUAGGUCGUAGGAAAAAGGCCAAGCCACCUGUAGUUAGCAAAGAAGAAUGAAUGUGGUUCUUCUUGUGUAUUUAUUUGUAUCAUAAACACUUGGAACAACAAAGACCAUAAGCACCAUUUCACAGUCAUAGCCAUUUUCUGGUUAGCUCAUGUAAACAAGUAAGAAUAAUAUGACAAUAUUACCCUUUCACUCUUCUCAUAGGACAUGUACCUCAAAAUGGUACUUAUUUAAGUAGUCACUGUAUUUCUGGAUUUUUAAAUUAAUAAAAAUUUUAAUUUUGAAAAGUCAUCUGCAA